UACAAACAUCGCCCUGUUCAAACAGUGACCAAAGUAAGUCCAUAACCAAAGUCCACUUCUGCUGAGUGAAGAGACCUGUCAUCAGCAUGUCUGGUCUAGAUAACAUGGAGCUGUCCCCCCCUCCCCCAGGUCUAGAGGCAGAAUAUGAGAGACUUUUUACCACAGGCUCCCUCCUCUUCCUCCAUGAGCUUAUCGCCACAUUUGAAGAGGACGUUGUUCAGGUCCUGCAACUAAGAGUGUCCAGAAAGGCCCAAUUGGACCAUUCAGGUGACCUUCCAAGCUUUCUGCUCAGUAGCACACAUAUCAGGAGAGACCCAGCCUGGAGGGUGCUCCCCGUCCCCCCGAGGCUCCAGAGAAGACAUGUGGAUAUCGGGGACCUGGCUCCCUGCGAUACCCAGCGCUUCAUUCAAGCUCUCCAGUCACCAGCACAAGGAAUACAGGUUGACUUUGAUGAUGGGAACUGUCCGACAUAUUACAACCAGAUCAAAGGCCUUCAUAAUGUUUUUAAGGCCGUUCACAACCAGUUCCCAAAUGUUCCACACAUCUCUCAGGCUCCAGUGCUGAUGCUUCGUCCUCGCGCCUGGAACAUGGUGGAGCACAACAUGAUGGUGGAGGGGAAGGAGGCUCCUGGUCCUCUCUUUGACUUUGGAAUCCUCAUGUUUCACUGUGGAGAGACACUUCUCCAAAACAAGAGCGGACCCUUUUUCUACCUCUCAAAAGUGGAGAGCUUCAUGGAGGCCAGACUCUGGAACAAGAUAUUUGUGUGGACACAACAGAAGUUGGGUCUUCCACAGGGCAGCAUCAAGGCGACGGUGCUGAUUGAAAAUGUAUUAGCAGCUUUUGAGAUGGAGGAGAUUCUCUACGAGCUGCGAGAGCAUUCAGCAGGACUCAACUGUGGCAUCUGGGAUUAUUCAGCCUCCUUUAUCAAUAAAUUUGGUCCCAGACGGGCCUUCCUGCUGCCCGACCGCAGUAAAUAUGUGAACAUGGAGAAGCGUUUUCUGCGCAGCUACAUGGACCUGUUGGUUCAGUCGUGUCAUCGGAGGGGAGCGCUGGCCACAGGAGGCAUGGCUGCCUCGCUGCUGCCUCAGGACCCGCUCAGUGACUCCCACAGGAGAGUGAUGGCGUCUGUCACUCGACUGAAGUUGCUCGAGAUCAAGGCGGGUGUGGACGGUUUCAUGGUAUAUGAUCUAAGUUUGAUUGAGCCCAUGCAGAAACUCUUCAAGCUCCACACUGAAGGUGAUAACCAGCUUCACCAACUUCGAAAUGAUGUCACUGUGACUCCUGAUGACCUACUGUCCAUGCCUUCGGGAGGAGUUACCCUUUAUGGUUUGAAGUAUAACGUUGCAGUUGGUGUCCUCUUCAUUAAUGCUUGGCUAUCAGGUAAAGGCCACUUUUUCUACAAAGGCCAGGUUGAAGAUUCAGCCACAGCAGAGAUUUCCAGAUCACAGGUGUGGCAGUGGAUCCGUCAUCAGACUCAGCUGGAGGACGACAGCAGGGUGAUGAGCAGGCGGCUGGUGACUGACCUCACCAAGGAGCUCAUGGUGGAUCUCUGGACUGUCUGUAAGUCUGAUAGGGCUAAACAGAGGUUGCACACAGCAGCAGACAUGUUCCUGGAGGUGGUCCUAAAGAGAGAUUUCCCAGAGUUCAUCACCACCUACUUGAAUCAGGACCACACCUUUCUCAGCUCCCAGAACAAUGGACAGGUGGAGGCUCUGGACACAGACAUGCCCCAACCCAAACUGUGA